AUGAACGCUCCAGAUCGUUUCGAGCUGUUCAUGCUCGGUGACAAUGAAAAGAAGAUCACCGAGAAGAUUUACGCUGGAAUGUCCAACACUUCGGACUUCAUCCUCCUGAAGGAAGACCACACCCUGGCCAACCUUCUUGCUGAGCACCUCAAGCAGGCACCCCACGUCCUGAUGUGCGGCUACAAGCUGGCACAUCCCAACGUCCCCGAGGUCUUCAUUCGAAUUCAGACGGACGGAACCAUCACUCCCAAGGAGGCCUUGAUCGAGGUGUGCAAGCAGCUCAUUGGAGCCUAUGCCCAGCUACAGCGAGAGUUUACUCGUGAGUACGAGCUUCGCAAGAUGGUCUCUGCCGGCAACCAGGACCAGGCCAACGGGUUCUAA